AUUGACUACGUUUAACUGAUUUGCGUUAUUCGUACCGGCGCGCGCGGAAGCAAAAUGAGUGUAUUCGUUCCCGAUGUUUAUUUUUGCCCUGUUCUCAACCGUUGUUUUUCCUGUCUGAUCACUCUUGAAUUGCUCAGAACAGAUUCUCCCUGCAAUCGUGACGGAUGUGAUUGCUGUGAAGUUCUGGAAUCGACACGGUUCGUUACGGGUGGAUGAGUAGUGGAUUUUGUACGGUGUAGAGUGAUUUUUUGGCUGAGAUGUUAGAUAAGAACUGUAUACUAGAACGUCAAUGAACCAGUUGAUUGUAUAACUACACGAUUCGAUUAAAACUGCGGUUUGUGCUUCGUAAAGUGAGAAGGGCAUUAAUUAUUUACUGGGAGCGCUAAAAGAAGGCACAUCAUGGAGUCGAUACAACUGACAGAGGUGGAAAAAGCGGCUAAAACUAUGUUUAUGAAAAUUGUCAUCGAAGGCUCCGUGACACCAUGUGACAUAGGAAGCGGUGUGGAUUUGGAACAAAAACUUCCCCAAUGGUUUGAUGAUGCCAAAUUCAAAAGAGGACAAAAAUAUUUUUUCGAUAACCGUUUUGGAAUGAUGCAAUCCAACUUUUGCGGUCUGGUUACACUGCUGUGUGAUCCAAAAGGAUUGUCGAUCCUACACAACACAGGACGAUCAAGUACUUCGGAAACGGCUCGCAAACGAUACAUCUCUACAACCCUUCACAUGCUGUCAUGGUACGAGAUCGAUCUUUCUCCUGGCUCCAAAUCAUGGGAUUCAUUGAACCGUGUUCGAAAGAUGCAUCUAAAUGCAUCAAAGAGGUCGCAUGAGAAGAAAAUUGGAUUCAUCACGCAGACAGAAGUAUCUUUGACGGUGUUUGGAUUCCUAGGCUACGCAUUGAUUCGUCCUCAUCUUCUUGGAAUCAGAUACGAUAAUGAUGAUGAUCGGGAAGCGUUCGUACACUUCUGGGCUGUUGUGGCAGCAAUGCUGGGUGUUCACGAUCGUUUCAACAUUUGUCUUCCAAAGUUGGCAGUAGUGGAGAUGAUCUGUAAGAUAUGUCAGAGGUACAUAUUUAUUCCGUUGCUGCAGAUUGAAACUCCGCUAUUCAAAACAAUGGUUCAGGCGGUGGUCGACGGUCUUAGUGAGUUCACCCCAUUCAACUCGUAUGAAAGUCUCAUGUUUUUCGUUAGACGACUUGCCGGCAUUCCUGGAUAUCAGUACAACGUGGAUAUGGAGAAAGAAGCGAUAUGUCGAACAAUCCUCAACAAGGAAGACUUGGAUGCCAUGAGAAAAAUAUAUGAUGGGAAGCCAGGUUAUGAGUACAUAGAGCAUUCCAUUCUCGACGAUAGAGUUCUGUUAUUUAACGUCAAGAAAAUCGAUGAUGUGAACGAAUUAAAUCAGAAUACUUUGGACAAUAAUACGGUCACUGGUGUCUACUCUAAUCUCAAUAACAACCAACAUAACCAAAAAGAUUUCGUGACGAAGUUUUUAGGACUUAGUCACAACGAAGAAUUAGUGGUUGAAGCUGUUGAUAAUGAUGACGAUUGGAGCAGUUACUUGAAUGACUCAAAGCUACAGUUAAUGUCUGACAAAGAUCAAAAAUAUUUGAAGCUUAAAUGUAGAAUUGCGGAUAGUUGUUACACACGAAUUGGAAAUUUUAUUAACGAAUCAAUGCUGAGCUGGAUGCUCUAUCGAAUGAGAAAAGCAUAUAAUAGGGAAUAACUGUCGGUUUGUUAUGUUUAUGGUUUAAGAAUAAAUUCCAAACAUAACGGUAGCACUACAAUGAUAUAUUGUCUCCAUA